GUUGUACAACAUUAUUAUAUUAUAACAUAGCCCUACUUAUUAGUACAUGAAUGCAUUACAGUAUGUAGUCAAACUCGCUGUUGUGACUGUGAUUAUCAGGUGCGCAGCUACACACAGAUUUACGGUGGUGUACACGUUCGCAUCAUCGUCGCCAUGGAUACCAAAGACCGAGCGAGUUUGGCGAAUGAACGUAACAUCUCUGUAACUUUACAUUAUUCAUUCUUUCAUUUUCUUUCGUGUUUAACAAGCUACGGUACGGAACGGUAUAUUAGAGCUAUCUGAAACCAGUUGUUUUGUAAAUUUAGCUAGCUUGUUAAAUCUUAGCACAUUUACAGUUAGCAAGCAACUAGCUGUUUUUAAAGAACCUUAUGGCAGUGUAGCGUCUUCAGAUCAACUGUGCUCUGUUUUAAGCUUUUUAUAAUCAAUGUUUACACUGAUGGAUAUGAACGAAACUGCGGAGUUACAUGAAAAGACAGAUCUAAAAGCCUCCAACGAAGCUUUAGAGUUUCUUUCCAGCAUCGAACCUAAAGAUGUAGAUCAGUGCCUGUUUGUGGACUCUAUGGUGACAGUUUCAGAUACUGGCAGAGAGCUAGGAGAGUUCUGUGUUAGUGUACAGAAAGCCAGCUAUAAUGAAGAACCUUGUUAUUUGGUACACGCUAACAGCCAUGGAACCAUUGACAAUAUCCCUUGUGGCACUUCUAUCACGGCUUAUUUAUCCAGGAGCCUAGCCACACUAGAGGAGAAUCAUGAUGAAUAUAUGAAGCUGCAGGAACAUACACUGGAAAAGAAGUUACACAUUAUGAGGCAAGGCAGUCAUCUCAUUGUGAACACAAUCAUCACAGAGAAAGAUGAAGUGAAAAAGCAAGCAUUCACAUUCCCUCUGCAUUCUCUGCAAGGUUUUUUGUCAGAGGCCUCAAACCUGGUGAUCCUGCGCAUUUUGGCUAAACGGAAAAAAGUUCCAGAAAAUUUGACCUUCCUCUCAUUUGAUACCAACACCCAGAUUGGAGUGUCAACCUAUAGGGAGCUGGAUGUCAAGAAGCAGGUAAUUGGCACAGAGGUGAUGGAGGUGUUUGGCAUUGAGAGGACUGUCUCCUCGGCAGAAAAAAUCCCUGCAAAGUGGCACUGCUACUUCCUGCCAGAUGGACAUUUAGUCAGCAGAGUGCAGGUUGGCUCAUCAGUAACAAUGAACCUCCUACAACUUCCUCUUAUAGUCAGUGAAGAUGAGAGAGAUCGCAAGUCAGGCUGUGAGAAAAAGCCCCUGGUCUGGGAAGAGGAUAUUGAACUGUACUCAAAGUUCCUUGACAGAAAGGUUAUGUUGGAAGAGGAAAACGAUGAGAAAUGCAAGGCUUUUACACCCAUCCAGGGUUUUGCAGUGAUUGGUGCCAGCUACUGGAGAGUGAAAUGCCGUUCAAUCAACCAGUUCCAAUCUAAAAGCCUAGUUAAUCUAACUAAUCUUUCUUUCUUUUUUUUCUAACAAACCUUUAACUUAAACUUUUUAUUUGUUUCUAAUUUUUUUCUUUCUAACUAUUCAUAAAGUUAUAACCAUUCUUCAUUUAUGGAUAGAUAGGAGGGUAGGAGAUUAGUAAGAAAAACAAAGACAUUGUUUUUCUUACUAAUCUCCUACCCUCCUAUCUAUCCAUAAGUGUAGAAUUGUUAUAACUUUGUUCUCUUGCAAAUGACAAGUAGCCAACGUGUAUGUACUGAUGUCAUUCAUGCCCUUGGAAACGUUAUAACUGGUGUGAGAUUGUGUACGGUAGAGUUUCUGGCCUGCGAAACCGUGAGACUUUGACGCCUGGCUCCACCGAUGAAACUAUUCUUCAAUAAAUUUUUACUUAUUUGAUUGUA